AUCAUUUGUAGUUCUGUCACUGGUCAUGAGAUUUGGUGAAAUGGGUGUUGCUAUGAUGAUGUCAGUCAGAAUGGCUUCUCCUCUUCUUCUGAUCUUUCUGAUCAUGAUUCACAGGGUUUCUAGUGCUGACUGGGGUGUGAGUUACAGUCCUUCACACAUCUGUGCACUAAAGAACUCAUCAGUGAUAAUGAGCUGCACUUAUACAUACCCUACUGGAUAUAAGAUUGAGAAAGUGUUCUGGAGUCGAUUGCUAAUACAUGGUGAAGAGCCUCCAGAUCUGUCUGAGGAUCCUGAAUACAGUCAGAGGCUUCAGUAUCUGGGAGACAAAGAGCAGAACUGCACCAUCAGACUGAGUCAUGUGACACAGAAGGACCAACACAUGUACUGUUUCAGAUUCAUCACUGAUAAACCUGGUGGAAAAUGGCUUGGUAAACCAGGAGUGACUCUUAAUGUCACAGAUCUUCAGGUGGAGGCUCCUGAGAGAGUGACAGAGGGUCAUAAUGUCCGUCUGACAUGUAAAAGCAGCUGCACUCUGACUGACAGAGCAACAUUCAUCUGGUACAGAAACUCACAGCCAUUAACUGAGAGAAGAGACAGAAACAAUCAACUCCUGCUGCAGUCAGUCAGAAGAGAGGAUGCAGGCAGAUACAGCUGUGCUCUACAUGGACACACUUACAUCUCUCCUGCUGCUCAGCUCAAUGUCUCCUAUCCACCAAAGAGCGUCUCAGUGUCCAUCAGUCCAUCUGUAAUAGUGGAGGGAGAUUCAGUGACUCUGAUCUGCAGCAGUGAUUCAAACCCUCCUGCAGAAAUCAGCUGGUUUAAAGGAGGAACAUUUGUAGGAUCUGGAAGAAUCUACAGCAUCUCAAAGAUCAGCUCUGAUCACAGUGGAGAAUACAAGUGUAGAUCCAGCAAUGAACAUGGAGAGAAAUACUCUGAUGCUGUGACUUUAAAUGUCAUGUAUCCUCCCAGGAGCGUCUCAGUCUCCAUCAGUCCAUCUGUAAUAGUGGAGGGAGAUUCAGUGACUCUGAUCUGCAGCAGUGAUUCAAACCCUCCUGCAGAAAUCAGCUGGUUUAAAGGAGGAACAUUUGUAGGAUCUGGAAGAAUCUACAGCAUCUCAAAGAUCAGCUCUGAUUACAGUGAAGAAUACAAGUGUAGAUCCAUCAAUGAACAUGGAGAGAAAUACUCUGAUGCUGUGACUUUAAACGUCAUGUAUCCUCCCAGGAGCGUCUCAGUAUCCAUCAGUCCAUCUGUAAUAGUGGAGGGAGAUUCACUGACUCUGAUCUGCAGCAGUGAUUCAAACCCUCCUGCAGAAAUCAGCUGGUUUAAAGGAGGAAUAUUUGUAGGAUCUGGAAGAAUCUACAGCAUCUCAAAGAUCAGCUCUGAUCACAGUGGAGAAUACAAGUGUAGAUCCAUCAAUGAACAUGGAGAAAAAUACUCUGAUGCUGUGACUUUAAAUGUCAUGUAUCCUCCCAGGAGCGUCUCAGUAUCCAUCAGUCCAUCUGUAAUAAUGGAGGGAGAUUCAGUGACUCUGAUCUGCAGCAGUGAUUCAAACCCUCCUGCAGAAAUCAGCUGGUUUAAAGGAGGAACAUUUGUAGGAUCUGGAAGAAUCUACAGCAUCUCAAACAUCAGCUCUGAUCACAGUGAAGAAUACAAGUGCAAGUCCCGCAAUAAACAUGGAGAGAAAUACUCUGAUGCUGUAAAUUUAUACAUUGUGUCAGUCAGAUGUUUCUCGUCAGUAGCUCUAGCUGUUGCUGUUUCUGCUGCUGUUUUACUCGGUGGAGCAUCCGGUGCUUUCAUGAUGUACAUUUGUCUUACUAAAAGGAUGAACAGAAGAUCAGCUAUGAAGGAGUCUGCGAUCUCUGAUCCCGGUGAAGACACAUAUACAGCUCUUGAGCUCAAGUCCACGACCUCUGACCUCUACGACACACUCACAACCGUUCGUCCCAGACCUCCUGAAGACUCUUGAUCCUAAACAUGAGAAUCCAUCAAUCAACAGGAAGAUGAUGCAGUGAGAGGCGGAGCAGAGAGGAACCAAUCCUGAGCUAUGUGGGCGCAGCCACAUAUGAUUGACAGCUGUCAUUAAUGAAUAGUUGGUGAAGCCUUUUAUUUCUUUAUAGUUUAGGAAUGAUGUAACAGUAAAAUUAAAUGUUAUUGUAUAGAAAUAUAAAUAUGAAGUAAGCUCACUGUUUUAACAUUUUAAAAAUAUAUUUGCCUUCAAUAUUUCAAUUUCACACCUUCACAAUGGACAAUAUAAAUAUAUAUAUAUUUUUGUCUCAAUAUGAUCAGCUUCAGUUGUCUGUCCAUUGUGUUUGUGUAACUUAUAUAGUGUUUUUUUGUUUGUUUGUUUUUUAUCCAAUGAAAUCAAUAUUUUGUGUAAAUUUUACUUAAUUCAUGUUAUUCUACUCAUUUUGAAUGUUUAAUUCUACUUAAUUAAAAUGUGUUAAAUGUAAUUAAUAACAUUGCUUGUAAAUUUUUGACACAAUUUUUUUGAAUAAAUAUAGAGAAUCACUUUUUACAGUGUAUGAAUCUCAAGAAUGGUGACAAACAGCAUAUUCAGACGAACUGUAAGAAUCACAAAAACGAAGCUACUAUUGAAUUGUUGCUCAUAAUUUAUUCAUGCCGCAAAGCAUGAUGGGAGCCAUAAAUGAGUUUUGAUUGGUGGCACCCAGAAUGCAGUGCAACAUGCUUUUUGAUGGUCAUCAUUGUUGAGGUUCUCAGGCUGAUUCUUGAUGUCUGUGUGCCUAAACAAAAACGCUUUUUUUUAACAAGGUUUAGAUCAGAGAUACUUCUAAGAAUCGCUCAGAUAAUGCUGAAAAAAAACACCUAAACUUACAUUGCAUAACCAACAGACACCUGUCAUUGAUCAGACACACCCAACUCAGAAACCCAGAUCAAAUGAUAAUGCAAAAACAAAUAACACCAUCUGGUUUAAUUUCCUUCUUGGCUUGUCUAGCUGCUGUAUCACAACUAGUAACCAAAAUAAAUCUGUUUAAAAUUUUAAGGGUCAAGAGUUCAACUAAAGCAAACACUGACCACUACAAUGGUAAGCAAAUUUAUUAUUAGUUUUUCCUUCAGUGAUUCUGUUCGUGAACUUUAGGUGUCUUCAAUAACUCUGUUUUGGGGGCCUUACAACCUUUUGAACAUGAUGCCUGUAUCAUAUCUAUGUAAGCAACAAAAAUGCAAAUUUGUUAAAAGGCUGAUGUCAUGUGCAUGCAUAUAAUGUUUUCGAAGGGUGUUUGAUGAUCGCCAACUACUGUCCUGGCAUGCAUAACAUAGUAUUCUUUAGAAAAGUGUUUUUUUUUUUUUUUUUUUUUUUUUUUAUCCAAUGAAAACAAUAUUUUUGUGUAAAUUGUACUUAUUUUUUCAUGUUAUUCUACUCAUUUUGAAUGGUUAAUUCUACUUAAUUAAAAUGUGUUAAAUUUAAUUAAUAAUAUUGCUUGUAA